GCGCCCAAACAACUGAUUCCCCCCAUCCAGGGUGAGGGAAGAAAUUUCAGGGAAGUAGCACGCAUGCGCUGGAAGACACCCAUUGUCAGCCGUAUUGGUAAAAGAGGAAGAAGAAUGGGUAGUUGGUGUUACUUAUUGUGAAAGCCUAGAAGAGCUGCUCCAGCGAUCAGAUUUUGUGAUUCUGAUUGUGAACCUGACACCGGAGAUGCACAAGCUCAUUGGUAAAAAGGAGCUAGAACUAAUGAAACCCAUGGCUAUCUUCAUCAAUAUCUGCAGAUGUAGGAUAUGUGAGUGCUCCCCAUGUGCAGUAGUUGAUCAAGAAGUUUUGGGAGAAGUACUACAAAAUGGGAUCAUUAAGGUUGCAGCUUUGGAUGUGACUGACCCUGAAGCAUUGCCAAGAUCAUGGAAGAACCAGAGCUGCCUGUGCUACUAGUAGAUGAAGUGGGAGGAUUACUCGGUGUCUUAGAAGCACACCUGCCGUUUCUGAAGAAACAUUUUCACCUUAUCACCAUGAAGGAGUUUCUUGAAAACAAAGCCUGUCUUAGCAUAAAAGUCGAAGCAAUUUAUAUGUGGUGGCACAGACCCGUCAUUGAUCAUGAACUUUUGAAGAGCCUGCCUAACUUAAAAGUGGUUGCAAGUUCAGGGGUAGGAGUGGACCACUUGGAUCUGAAGCUGAUUGCAGGAUUUGGAGUCAGGAUGGCCAACACUCCCCAUGCGGUCUGCAGCAGCACUGCAGACAUUGGGGUGGCCCUACUGCUGGCAGCUGCUAGAAGACUCGUCGAAGGUUGCCAGGUGGCUACUUCCCCAGACACUGAGUAUUUCCCUUGUAACAUGUUAGGAGAUGAUGUCACUGGGGCUACUCUGGGUAUCAUUGGAAUGGGCAGCAUUGGCUACAAAAUUGCUCUGAGGGCCAGAGCAUUUGAAAUGAAAAUUCUUUAUCACAACAGGAACAGAAGGAAAGAAGAUGAGGAACUGGCUGUGAGUGCCUGCUAUUGUGGGAAGAUAGAAGAUUUGCUCCAGCAGUCUGACUUUGUGAUGCUUGCUGUCAGUUUAACACCUCAGACAUACAAACUGAUUGGGAAAAAGGAGCUAGAACUAAUGAAACCAACAGCUACUCUCAUAAAUAUCUCUAGAGGAUCGGUUGUGGACCAAGAUGCCCUCGUGGAAGCGCUUCAGACUGGUGUUAUUAAGGGUACCGCUCUGGAUGUCACUUAUCCUGAACCACUGCCCAGAGAUCACCCAUUAUUAAAAUUAAGGAAUGUUAUUUUAACCCCUCACCUUGGUUCCAGAACACACAAAACUACCUAUAUGAUAACCGAGGAAGCUGUAGAAAAUAUACUGGCUGCUCUCCAUGGUCUCCCAAUGCCCAGUGAAGUAUUCUCCGACUAAACAUGUGUAGGGGCAUUAGAUAUAACAAUAAUUAAUCAUCCUCUCCAGUUGAAUUAAGUUGUUGUCAAAGAUGUAGAUUGAAUAUCAG